CCGGGGGUCCAACGGGACCCGAUGUGCCGACAGCAGGCGGGAUGAGGGCUCCUCCGGAUGCUUCCUCCUUUUUUUCUAACGUGGUGCGUUCAAAGGGCUUAGAAGGAUGCUCGGGGAGAGCAGUGCCAGGUCGAGAGCAGACAGGGAGAUUUUGCCGAGGGGAUCGCGGCGGUGGUGACAGCGUGGAGCGGCCGCCCCCGCGCUGGGGGAGCGUUCAGCCCCGUGGGUUUUGUCAGGAGAGAAGGGCUCAUUCUUGAGCUGUCAAUCUGCCACCUCCCAGAGGCUCUCCUCCUCCUCCCCCGGCUGCCACCGCUCCCAGAUACGUGCAACGCGGGGGCUGAAAAUCCCCUUCCCCCCGGGUGGGAACUGCAGCAUCUCCCAAACCUGCCAGCCCCGAACACGGAGAGAGCACUUCUCCUUGUCAGCUUGGUUCCUUUCUGUUCAAAAGGCAGCCACUCAUUCUGAGGUGAAGCUCUGACUCAUGGCAGGCCCAGAUGUGACCUCUGGCUGGCGCUGGGUGCCCUGGCUGCUGCUGGCAGCAAUUUGGGCUUGUGGCUGUGGGAUGAGAGCCGAGCACACCAUCUGUGCUCCCUGUCCUGUGGACUUCCCAGCUCUCCUUUCUCCUCGGAUUUCUUCAUUAGAAGUAGAUAAGAUCAGAUCAUUCUUCUUUCACUACAAAUUCAUUUCACUUUCCAUGCAGUGAGCCCAUCUGAUAAAUAGUGGCUCAACAUAACCCAGCUCCUCCUGCCCUUGGUUGCACGCAUAGUGCAGGACUGGUGGUCCCAGCCCUGUGUCCAGCCAGCAGGUUCCUGGCCUUUAUUGGAGGUGGGGAUGGAUUCCCAUGCUGACCUGAGCUGUAUGGCACAGGGGAGCAGCUGCUCACAUGGCGUCUUAAGACCUGUCCUAGGCAAGCUCACGUAGUCUCCUGGGUGUGUUUCCCUGUUUCACAGCAGCAUCCCUUGGCUUGUGGGGAUGUCCUUCGCCAUUGUCCCCGAGAAAGCAAGACGUGGUGCAGCCCCUGGUCCUGGCAUGCAGGGUUUUGAGUAGCAACACCAGGCACCUACUGUCACCAUGAGGCUAAUUUGUAUCUGGCUUCAGAUGAGAAAAAUGUGCACUGAUAAUGCUGAGCGAUGACAUCUGAGAUUUACAUCCCCUCCCUGCCUCCUCUAAUAAGCCUCGCUUUGAUCAGAACCCCAGCUGGCAUUCCUCUGAGGUGGGGAGGCAGUCUGCAGCAAGCCCCAGAGACAAGAACCAUACAAUCCCUGGAGCCACCCUGUAACUCGACUGCCCGGGGUUCUCAUUUGGGGUGGGAGUGUUGUCUCAUCUCUUAUGCACAUUUAUGUGCAUUUAAGUGAGUUUAAGUGACAAGUGACAUAAUAAUGGCUUUAUAUGGGGACUGUUGAUGUCCACACUGGGAUCUGGGAGUUCUUUCCUCAGAGGCAGGGAGGCCCCAGCUGUGUCCAGAGCUGCGGUGCCCCAUUCCUGGAGGUGCUCACAGCCAUGGCUGGACCCGGGGCAGUCGGAGUUGAGGGCAGCCAGCCCACAGCUGGGAUGGGGCUGUAGGUCCCUUCCAACCUCAGCCAUUCUGCUAUUUUAUGAUUUUAUGUAGGCGGUGGGUAUCGAGUAAGAAGAGGACACUCGAGCGUGCGACCCUUGGAAAGCUCCCAGCUCUCCUCCUGGAGGUUUCUUCCACACCUUUGUCCCUCCCACCCCUCUCCUGUGUUGCAGGCCGUGAGCUCCCAUGCAUUACCUCGGCCUCCUCCCCUCCCAGCCGUGCUAACGUCCGAAGGAUGGCGGCCGCCUCGUUCCGCUACGGCAUCACCAUCACCGGGGCCGUGCUGUUGGUGACGGGGACGCUGUGCUUCGCCUGGUGGAGCGACGGGGAGGUGGGCACAGCAGUGGGCAGCGGGGCUCACCUCCUGCCCCUUCGCGAGGCCCAGGCCGUGCCCAGCUCCUCCAACGCGCUGCUGCGCUCCGUCAGCUUCUUCUGCUGCGGCAUCGGCGGCAUCCUGCUCCUCUUCGGGCUGCUCUGGUCCGUCAAAGCCAACGCCAGGGUGGUGUCACGGCGCUAUCAGUACCGCUUCCCCCGCGACCUGCAGUACUUCACCGCUGAGCCCCCGGAGAAGUGGAACUGCAGCUCCUGGGACGCCACUGCCAUCCCCACCUACGAAGAAGCCCUGACCUGCAGACCUGCUCAUGGCACGUACCUCCAUCCCGUGGUGAGCAAGGAGGAGCUGACACCACCGCCGUAUCAUGAUUUGGAGGAGGAGGAGGAGGAGGAGGAUGAGCGUUGGCAGAGCGGCCGCCGCCGCAGCUCCUCCGACAGCGCCUUGUUCCGCCCCAGCCCCUCAUGGUUGGACACCCAGAGCCCUGCUGGGCCACAGGAAACGCCGCCCCCCAGCUACGAGAACAUCAGUGUUCGGGGUGUCUGACUGAGCCCCAUCCUUCAGCAAGGGGAGAGCGUGGGUGGCACGGGGCUGUCCUGCAUUCUGAGCAACGCGUUAGGGGACAAUGUUAGCAGCUGGCAUGUUGGAAACCUUCAUGUUUUUAAUAAAACCACCUCUGGUUGCAAAUGUU